GCAUAUACAGGCGCUGACGGGCCGUGAUGCUGCGCUCUUUGGGGAUAAAUGACUUGACGCGCCGCUGUGGGGCUUCAAAGCAUGCAUGCUGCUGACAGAGAGCAGGGAGCUCACACACACACACACACACACACACACACACACACACCCAUACGCAUAUACACACACACACACACACACACACACACACACACACACACACACACACACACACACACACACACACACACACACACACACUGCUUUCACACGCUGUCUGUGGAUGCACAACAGGCUGCUCUCUGUGUGUGUCUGACUGGUUUUCUGGAUGGAGGAUCUGUUGCUCAGGGAAGAUAGUUGAAACUAAUAACCAGAUGUUUCUCACAGUUGAAAUGUAGCCUAUGGAUUCAGUUCAUACAUAUUUGAGGUGGAUUUGAAGUUUUGUUUUUGUUUUUUUGUUUUUUUCGACACAAAAUCAGCAGCAUUAAAUAUUUCGGGUAAAUAAAGGCUGUGAUUUUUUUCGAUGAAACAAGGACAUGGCUAGGAUCUCCAUCAUGAAUGUGGCACUGCAGGAGAUUCACCCAGCGACUCCUAGAGCUCUGUUGCUGGCAUGUGUGACUCUGUUGUUCUCCCUCCACCUGUGGCGGUGGCUCCGGCAGCGGUCGCUCCCCGGCCCGCCCGGUCCUCUCGCCUGGCCGGUCAUCGGGAACGCUGCGCAACUGGGCAAGGCGCCGCACUUGUAUUUUGCGCGCAUGGCGAAGAAAUACGGCAACGUCUUCCAGAUCAGACUGGGCUGCCGGGCCGUGGUGGUGCUGAACGGGGACUCCAUCAAACAGGCUUUGAUAAAGCAGGGACCGGAUUUUGCCGGCAGACCGGACUUCACCUCCUUCCAGUACGUCUCCAACGGGGACAGCCUCGCGUUUGGCACCAUCACCGACUGGUGGAAGCUGCACCGCAAAGUGGCCCAGUCCACGGUAAGGAUGUUCUCCACCGGGAACCCGCACACUAAAAAGACAUUCGAGCAUCACGUCCUGAGCGAGAUCAAGGAGCUGCUGCAGCUGUUUGUGGGGAAAACCAAGGAGCACCGGUAUUUCCCGCCCAUGACGUAUCUCGUGGUGUCCACGGCGAACAUCAUGAGCGCGGUGUGCUUUGGGAAGAGGUACUCCUAUGAGGACGAGGAGUUUAGGCAGGUGGUGGGCAGAAACGACCAGUUCACCGAGACAGUGGGGGCAGGGAGCAUCGUGGACGUGAUGCCCUGGCUCCAGUACUUCCCCAACCCCAUCAAAACUAUAUUUGACAACUUCAAGAAGCUCAACCUGGAGUUUGGCAUUUUCAUCCGAGAUAAGGUCGUUCAGCACAGAAAAACAAUCCAGUCCAGCACCAUCAGGGACAUGACAGACGCCUUUAUAGUGGCGCUGGACCAGCUAAGAGACAAAACAGGACUCCCACUAGGGAAGGACUACGUGCCCCCCACUGUUGGGGAUAUAUUUGGAGCAAGUCAAGACACACUGUCAACUGCAGUGCAGUGGAUCAUCCUCAUACUUGUCAAGUAUCCUGAGAUGCAGGUACGUCUCCAGCAGGAGGUGGACAAGGUGGUGGACCGCAGCCGCCUCCCCUCCAUGGAGGACCAGCCGCAGCUCCCUUACUUCAUGGCCUUCAUCUACGAGGUGAUGCGCUUCACCAGCUUCGUCCCUCUCACCAUCCCCCACUCCACCACCGUGGACACCUCCAUCAUGGGCUACACCAUACCAAAGAACACGGUCGUCUUCAUCAGCCAGUGGUCCAUCAACCACGACCCGGCCAUAUGGUCCCACCCGGAGACCUUUGACCCCCAGCGCUUCCUGGAGGAGGACGGGGCGCUGAACAAGGACCUGACCAGCAGCGUGCUCAUCUUCUCCCUGGGCAAGCGGCGCUGCAUCGGCGAGGAGCUGUCCAAGCUGCAGCUGUUCCUUUUCACCGCCGUCAUCGCCCACCAGUGCCACAUAACCGCAGAACCGGCCAGGCCGCCCACACUGGACUACAACUACGGUCUGACUUUAAAACCUCACCCCUUCUCCAUAGCGGUGUCUCUGCGUGAACAUCCGAGGCUGCUGGAUGGAGCUACCAGGCAGGACGUUGGUGAGGGGGUGAAGGGUGAGCCCUCCUCAGACUGAAUACAAUAAAAGCUACAAUAACAACAACAACAAAAAAGACAGAAAAAAUGAAGGCUGAAACACAAAAGACUUAUGAACCAUAGCUCAUGUUUGUGGGCUGAAAACUAUAUUUAUAAGCUGCAAUCUCAGGCUGAAUUCACCCUUUACAUAUUGUUUUAAAUGCGUAACAUGACAGAGAAUGACUGAUAUCUGACUUAUUUCCAAGUAUUAUGGUGCCAGACGGAAACAGACAGGCGUCUGUUUCUCAGGAGACGCGGCGCGGUGCUGUGCGUCUCACACACACACACGACCAGCAGGUCACCUGGGAUGAAUCUCUUUGAACAUCAAACACUACCUGACAAACCACUCAGCAAUUAGCAUCUUCUUUUGAUUCAUGGAGGGGGAGGACUGCAGUCAGCUGCACAUCACCAGCAAACAGCCUCAACCAGACCUCAGUACAGGCAACACUGCUGUUACAGGAGUCAUAGCCGCCGCUGCUGCUGUAACACAACCCUGUGACUUUAGUGUGAUUGCCCUUCAGUAGGGACAUCAUAGUGUUGUCAUGCUCUGUCAAAUGUGUUAAAAAAAAAAAAAAAAAGUAUCUCCAAAAUGUCAGCUUUUCAACAAUCCCUUACAAUCCCACCAUUUAAUUUAAUUUAAUUUAAUUUUUUCCUAAUAAAGGUUCCAAACACCUUUUUAAUGCCAUAGCAAACUCUACAAAACAAAAACAAUAUGUGAUAUAGUACAGUAAGUACAUACAGUAAGUAAAAAACUGGAGUUACAAGAUUUUUAUGUGACAAAAGCAAUGUAUCAUUUAAGGUCAGUGAAUAAGCUCAUGGAGUACUUCAGCCCUUAAGCCUGAUGUCUAUUAACAAACCGUUCAGUACUAACGUCUAGUUUGUGAUAUAUAGUGUGAAUGUGUAGUUACUCAGGAAUAAGGCCCUUUAACUAGAAAGCUUUUUAAAGUCAUGUCAUUAAUAUAUUCUCAAACCUGCUGUAGAUGCUGUUUGAAAGGACAAGGCAAAGGAGUGUAAAGGGUACACCACACCUGCUGCAAGUACUGUCUGUGUCUGUGAACUGCUGUCCUAUGAAAAGAUGAAUAUUAGAUCAGUGUUAUUUUAUUUUCUUUGUCACUCACAGAGGUGUUGUUACAGUUUGAAUGUUGUAGGAUGCUGCUCUAUGGAAAACCUUUUUUUUUUCUUUUUUUUUUUUUAAUCCAUCAUGUAAUUUCCAUGCUCAAGAUGCCAGUAACCAAACUACUCAUGUUAUUCUAUUUACAGAAAUAUUCAUGUAUUUGGGACACUUGGGGUAGUCUCUUUUUUUUUUUUCUUCUUUUUUGUAGACUCAUCUAAUUGCUUCUAAUUGCUGUCUCAGCAUGGGAGACUAAUGCACUGACUGUAAAGUUUUGGAUUUGAGUAUUUGUUGACCUGCUACCUAAAUAUGUUUAAAUCUUGGAAAUAAUAAGUGACUUUAAAGAAGUCUUAACAGACUUAGAACACGUUAUCUCUAUUUCUCAGGUGCCCCUUAAAACUGAGAUGAUACACCCUGAUAAAUGUAAUAAAUUUGACUGUUGGUAGAUCCUGAUAUAUCGACUGAUGAAGUCCAGUGAACCUAUCACUUUCUAUAUACAACCCAAAAGACCUUAAAAAACAUGACAGCCCAGGACGAUCUUCUAGGAGGGAAAGCAUAAUCAUAAUGAAUGAGCUGAACUGACAUGGAAAGCAGUGAAAAAGCAGUUUCCCUUUCUUCAGUAAACCUAGUGAUACUAUCCUUCCACAAUCUGGUUUUGUACGUUUGAAUGGGAAUCACAUAGGACUGAACCCACUGUUGGAAUUACAUCUUGCGUGGUAGUGGUGGUGGGGGGGGGGGGGGCAUGGGUCUCUCUACCUAAGCCAUGACAGUCAGUGUAGUACAGUCAUCAUGAUAGGGGGUCAAGACAUACCUCAAAUCCAAACAGUACAAUAAUUUUUACCUCAAAUGCUUUUUUUAUUUGAUUUUAUACAACUAUACAACUUGGACAGGUGAAACAUCUCUCUAGCUUCACAGUACUUUAAGCUUUUGACUACACAUUACUGCAGCUGUGAUGUUGCUCUGCUGAGUAUUUCUUCAACCUGCUUGCCUGGAAGUUGUUUUAAAUAUUGUUCCAUAUAAUAAACAGACACUUUAACUAUUCUGGUUUUCAACUGAUGCAGUUUCCUCUGUGUAAACCUGGCUAAAGGUGAAAAACAUUCACAUUAAAACUAAUAAGCAUAAGCAGAGAAAGUAGGAUUUAAUAUAAAGAAAAAUUACAUUUUUAACAAGAAUUACCACCUUGUGGCUGUAGUUUAUAUCCAUGUCUGUCCAGACUCCUAUAAUAAAUGUAGUGAAGACUUUGAAGGAAUUUAAUAAAAGGUAUUAAGUGUAUUUUC